AUGAUAGAAGAGGCAACUCGUACCAAAACAGUCUUAUGCAUUGUAUUCAAGCUUGCGGUUGGGUAUCCACAGCAAAGCGAGGGGGAAUCGAACGAAGAAAGCACACCGGUGAGCGUUUCUGCGGCGGUUGCGGCACAGCAAGCCGCUGCUGUUGUGGCACAGCAGGCUGCUGCGGCACACGCGGCAGCCGCUGCCGUCAGCGCGGCCGUUGCCGCCGGCGCCAACGGCACAGCCGAGAAGUCUCUCGUGCCCGUAUCACAAGCGUCACAACCUAAGCGGUUACACGUCUCCAAUAUACCCUUCCGAUUUAGAGAUCCCGAUCUCAGAAACAUGUUUGGGCAAUAUGGCACAAUACUUGAUGUAGAAAUUAUCUUCAACGAACGAGGCUCGAAGGGAUUCGGUUUUGUAACAUUCGCAAAUAGUGGUGAUGCGGAGCGAGCACGAGAGCGUCUUCACGGCACCGUGGUUGAGGGCAGAAAGAUAGAGGUUAAUAAUGCAACAGCGAGAGUGCAAACCAAGAAACCACCGACAGUUCCCAAUGUGUGCGUCCAAUGGCCAGAAGCGAGCCUGCGCGCCCGCCCCGCCCGACCACCGCCGACCCCCACUCACUCCCCGCUCGCGCACGCGGCCGCUCACCUGCUGCCCCGCGCACACUACCACGCACAGUUGCACGCGUACGCACCUGUAUAUUACGACCCAUUCUUAGCAGCAGCUGCGACGGCUGACUCCAAUUACAGACUACAGGCGGCGAAGCCCGCAGCCGAGGCGGCAGCGGCAGCGGCGGCUGCGGCAGCGCCCCUACUAAAGUCCCCGCUGACGACGGCGCAGCACGCGGCGGCAGCGGCGGCGGCUGCUAACUACGGUGCUGCAGCGCGCGCCGCCGCCGCCGCCGCUGUCAGCGCCGCGCCCACGCCCGCAGCGCUAGCGCCACUCGCAACGUACGGCAGAGAAUACGCGGACCCAUAUUUAGGGCACAGCAUUGGCCCCGUCACAGGUUAUGGGACUGCAGUUUACAGAAGUGGAUACAACAGGUUCGCGCCCUAUUAAGCCAGUGGAACAAUGUUAAAACGUUUUACUCGAAUACGAAACUACCUUCACCUUAACUAACAUGACAAUGGACUCUCUUUGUAAACGUACAAACAUAAUUCAUAAAUUAAGGUAACAGUAAUAGUGCUAGCCGAUUUAUUAUUCCUGUGUAAGCUUGGGUAGCAUAGUCAACUAACAGUAGAUGCGGCGCGCGCGCAGCUAGAUUACUGCGACGCGCGUCGGAACUUAUGAAUACCAAAGUCAUUAAAAUUUCUAACGGAAAUAGUUUAUUAAGUUAAACUGUAUUGUAAAUUAUUUGUGUACCUAAUGCUAUACAAGUGCGAGCAGCUAAAAUAUAAGUGCUUUUGUUCUAUUAGAUAUUUGUAAGAAUUGCUAUUUUACUAUUAAAAAAAAAAACAAUGAGUGAAUGUGGAUAUCUACAUUAUAGUGUUACGCUAUUGUCUAGUGUAGGUGUUACACUUUGUAAUUGACAAUAGGAAAGUGUUUCAUAUAAUGAUAUUUAGUGAGCUUUGCACUUGCAUAUCAUAGAGAAAAAUUGUAUAUACUGAUAAUACCCAUCCUGAUUCGUAGAAUAAUUACUGUGUGCGGUGAACAGUUCGAACACGCACCAAUGUUAUUGUUCUCGUCUCAUUAAACAAUAAAGUAUAAAUUGUAGAAUAUAAUAUAUAUUUCUGCAUCGCUUACGGUUUGUACGCUGAUUAGUAAGUUUAGGUACUCUGUGAAUCGAAACAAAGAAUCGUUCGUUACACGCAGUUUUAUAUGCGACAUGUUCUCUCAAAGAUCUUUUCUGUGCUACGUGUAACGAAUCUUCUUAAGUUUCGAACGAUCAUGAAGAUCGUAUAGUGGUAAAAAAACGAUUUACAGCCUACGCCAGUUUCAGCGAUUAAAACGGUAAACGAUUGGGACUAUAGUUUUCCUCAUCACUUCCAGAUAAUGAACUUUUUUACCUAUAUAGAGUUUUAUGGUGCGAUUUAUUCUACGGUGCCAUCUAUUUGGUUGUUGUUUUACAAGUGUAUAUUUUUUCAAACAGUUACCUUUCUUACUAAAUGCCGUAACUUUGAAUAGAAAUAAGUUUAUUUAGAUGGUUGUCUCUGGCCGAGUCAGGUCCAUCACUCUGUUAGCCAUUGCUGUUUACAGUUCACUUCAAGUCGAUAGUUACAUUAUAUGAAAAAAUUGUCUCAAAAAUUUUAACUUUCAGUUUUAUCUAUUAUAAAAAAUCGAAAUCGCUAGUUUGUAACGUUUAAUAUUUUACUGAAACUUAGGCGUAACGCUUUAGAUGUAGUGUUAAGUGAAAGAACGGAACUCCAUAGAGUUCUCACAUAUCAUUGAGAUUUCUCCUCGUAACUUUUCUUUCCGACACCACCCUUGGUGUCAGAUUUUACACAGUGCUAUAUUUUUAAAACUUUUUAAUCUCUUAAUGUAUUUUUUUUAUGAACAAACACGCGUACGGGUCCAACCCCUUUUAGACGUCGUCGUAACUUAGAUCUAACAUUUGAAUUAGUGUUGUAAAUUAUCGUAAACAUCCAUGGAUUCGCUCAACGUUUAUACCAAAGCACAAAACCCAUCGAUUCGUACCUAUCCGGAGCGUUUGCAUGUCCACUAACCUACACACCUCAUUUUAGAUUUCAUAGUCUUUCAUCUCGAAAAACUAAACAAAUCUAUGGGUAUACAUAGAUAAUUCGGAUCGAUCAAUAUCUUUUAAGUUAUUUUACCGUAGUGUUGUAAGAUUUUUUUUCUCUAUGAACAUAUCUAUUUGCCAUUUAGAAUAACGGUUACUUUAUACUAACAAUAGCUAUGUCUGAAACGAUUUAUUAUUUACUAUAGCGUUAUUGCAAUGGAAAUAAUUUAUAAAUAGUAUCGUCAGGCUGUCAACAGUAAACCUAUACACCUAAAGUAAUUCUACUACCGCUAUUCUAGCGCUUCAAAAAUAUCGUUAUCGCGGAAUAUCGAUAAUUCAACGACGCUAAUAUAUUUUAGUGCUCGUUUUACAAUAUAUAAUCGGUUAUUUCUCCGUCAUUAUUUCAGAAUAAUCACACAAACGCUAACAUAUCAGAAAGUUAGUUGAAUUUCAGAAUGCCAGUUAUGAACAAGGUACAUUCAACAGUACAUCAGCUUAGCCAAAGUUUUUGCUCCAACAAUGGAUUUUGACCUUUACUUCUUUGUCAUUUAAGUUUAAAAGUUUAUGGUAACCUGGUGUACUGGUCUGUGUACAUACCUGUGGUGUCGUCUACAAUGAUAGCUUUAAUUAUAACAUACGAAUAAGAUAAGGCGUUCACCCGGUGACUGCCGAUGAGUCGGUCCCAUGACAUAUUUCGCUCUUACAGAUGCUCUAGUCUUUUUUGCGCACAAAAUAUUAAAAGGUGCUUUUUUCGUUAGAGUUUCGUGUGAUAUUAACGGCACAGAUUUAUAUUAAUCUGGUCUUGGUUCGAACGGAUCCCCUCGUAUAUCUUAUUUGUUAAGAAAGUUUUCGUGUCAUAUAUAUAUAUUUAUAGGGAUAUUAUAUAUUUGAUUUUUGGUAUCGCAGUCUCAUCUGUAAGUGCCACUGGCUUAUGUGUCCUGUAAGUUAUAGUUGUUUACUUUGUUUAGACGUAAAUGCAGCCAGCCAUGUCGCAGCUUCGAACAAUAUUUUUGCUUUACUGCUGAAUACUCAUGCGUGAAUGCGUAAUAUUAAGUGAAACCUAUAGUUUUGUAGGAAUUAUCUCUCUAAGUUUCUAAAUGCAAUUUUUUUUGUAUCUAAGUACAUGAAAUUGAAAGUACAUGUGUGAUUCUAUUUGAUGAUUUUAUAUAAUUAGUUUUUAAUAUUUUGUCCAGUAACCAAUGUCACAAACUAUUUUGUAUUGUAUAAUUUUAAGCUGGUAAUUUUCAACAGGGCGGGCUUUGGCGGAAUUUCAUUAUUAUAAAAUUUAAAUAAGUUCUUCGAUAGAAAAUUAAAGCCCGCCAUGUUUAAUCGAUUCUUCUAGUAGUGUUUCGAAUAUUAUUUAGCUGUUUUAACCAUUUAUAAAAUAUAUUUUAAAAUAAAUUCAAAUGAUCGCAACAAUAUAUAUUUUUUUUAUUUAAGGCAAAUUUUCACUUGGAGAAAAAAAAAUUGAAUUUAUAUGACAUAUCUGACAAAAUGGUUAGUGUGCUACGAUAAGAUUUGAAAUCAUCAAGAACAAUGUAUUAUAAAUAUAAUAAUCAUUAAAUUAAGGAUAAUGUGUAUUUUGUAACGCGGUUUGUUUCUCGGUUUUUAUGAGAUGUUAAAUUAAAAAUUUCAUACUAUUCUCGUUUCCAUUAUGCUGUGCACAAAUUGUACGAUCGACGGCUUCGAUUUGUAAUCAUUAGGUCUAAAACAAGUUGUUAUGAUGUUGUGCAUAAUGAAUCAUAUCAGUAGUGUUGUUGGCGGAUGUCGAUGAUUGCUCCCAAGCGACAAGACUACUGCGGCGCGCGCCCUCUACCGUCUCUGAACUAGAACUAAACUUCUAUUGGCAACUUACUAUAUGACGGCUAAUAUUUGUGCAACAUUUCGCAUUACCUAGUGUUGUUUACUGACGGGAUUUCCCUGGAGGAUGUCCUGCUGGUUUUUUGCGUUUUGACUUCAUACUUUAAGACGCUUUCGUUACGUGACAUUUAAUGAUUGAUUAUUUAGGAUCUAACCAUUGAAAUUUCGAAGUUUUGAAACUCCGCGUUGGUUAACAGAUAACAACACUAGUUCAUACAAAUAUUGUCGCUUGUAACUGCGGCAUAUAUAUAUUUAAUCUUCCAUACUUACUGGGCUAAUUAAGGGGCGGAGAGAUCGGCGCGCGCGGCCACUGUAUAUAGUGUUAUGGCGGAACCGCCGCAUGUUGUGCGAAUGAUUUUUUUUUACCCUCGGGUUCAUAUUGUUAAAAGUAGCCACAGUUGAUAAGUAUCACUUGUUCGUCAAUUGCACUCGUCGACGCUGUUCAGUUAGAUUAGUAAUGGUGCGCAGAUUAGCAGGGUUAUGAUAUCACAUUAAAUGCCUAUGUGUCCAGCAGGUCCACCGCGUAACUACAUUGGCAUCGAUUUGAUUCAUAUUCGAUUCAAUCAAAAUGCACUUAAUACAUUAAACGUCGAGUGCAUUUUGACUGAAUCCAAUGCGAAUAAAAAAUCUAAACAAUCAAUCGAUGUAGUUGGAAUGUAGGCCUGCCGGUUUAAUGUAUGCUCUAAAUCCUAGACGUGACGUACUGUAGCGAUGCACUCUCUAGUAAGUCGCACCACGUCUAGGUAUAUAAAUAAAGGAUCGUUAUAAUUGAACUUGGGAACAUAGGUAGACGUAGCGCAUACCGAUCGUAAGAAAUGUAAACUGAAUGCUGUGCGCUUCUGAACAUAUGGUUUACGACGUACGUCUUAAAAAUAUGUAUACUUUUUAACAGUUACUUACUGUUAUAAUGAAAAUAAAGAACAUGAAAUGAAAUUGUAUUUUUCGACAAUAAACAAAAUUGGAUUGAAUCGUAAAUCAUAUGUUAGUAAAGCUCGGAGCUGUUUCGUAUUAUUUUUGUAAGAUAAAAUUAUCGAUGUCAUCUAUUGGUUGGAGGCGCGACUCGACCAGUAUUCGGAUACUAUUACAAUACCAUGCUCAAUUUCCAUGUAAUUAUGUAUGUUGUUCGUGUAAUGUUAAAGUAAAUGUAUUUGAAAUUUAAUAUAACCAACAAUAGAUUUGUUACAUAAUGAAUGUCUUCCGUUCGGCACAGUUUAUAUAGACUCAUUGCACGUUUAAUUGUUGCACGCCCGUUGAGAAAUGUGCAGUUUUUUAGAACAAAAACGUCGAGCCAAGUGCACAGCGAGCUCCCUCGAUUACGAUUUGUGAUAAAGUAAAUAAUAAAUAGAAUUUUCCUUUUUUUUAGUGUGGCAAUUUGUAGUGAAUUGCAAGCUGAUUUUCUCUUUUUAUUGUAAAUAUAUAUUUUUUUUUUCAAAUGAAAAAUAUUGAAUGAAGUGAAUCAUUUAAAGCCUUUGGCAUUGUGUACUCAUUUACGUUAUUAAUAAAUUAUAGUA